CUUUUUUCAUAAAACUCAAAUAUCCACUCUGACAGCAGUGUAUUAACAAUUUAAACCAAAUAACCUGAACAAAAAGUUUGUCUGAAUUGUUUUAAAAAAAUGAAGCGAUUCUCUGAACAAACGCUAGACGUCAGUAGAAUAAUUUCCAGAGGAUUUUUUUCGUGCUGUUUUCCGGGAAAUGAAGUGAAACUACAACUGGAGCUCUGGGUUGAACUAAAGUGCGCUCCCUUAUUCUGAGGUUUAAUCGUCGGCUAAUUUGUGGACGCUGUCAGGAUGUCAGCUGUGACGGUAACAGAGGGUAGUGUGCAGGUGGAGAGCUGCAAAGCACCGCUGUUCUACAGACAAAGUAAACCCACCACAGGGAACGAGAGGAUGUCAAUUUUACUCCUUCAUGGCAUCCGUUUCUCAUCAGAAAACUGGCUCAACAUCGGCACUCUGGAGGUUCUGGCCAAAGCCGGCUGCCGUGCAGUUGCCAUUGACCUGCCGGGACUCGGGCGGUCUAAGUCAGCCGAGGCCCCGGCAGCGGUGGGAGAACUGGCCCCUGCAGGGUUCCUGAAGGAGGUGUGUGAGCAGCUGAGCCUGAGCCCGGUGGUGGUGAUCAGCCCGUCCCUCAGCGGGAUGUACUCCCUCCCCUUCCUCCUCCAGCACCAGGCGCUGAUACGAGCUUACAUCCCUGUAGCUCCCAUCUGCACCGACAAAUUCACUGCAGAGCAAUACCAGAGUGUAAAGGUCCCGACGCUCAUCGUUUACGGUGACCAGGACGCUCAGCUUGGAGAGGUGUCGCUCCAUAACCUCAGCAACCUGGCCAAUCACAGCGUGGUGGUAAUGAAAGGGGCGGGUCACCCCUGCUACCUGGACGACCCGGACACUUGGCACAAAGCUGUCACGGACUUCUUGAACACGCUGUGAUGCAUGGAGAGAUCUUCAGCAGUGCAGUCACACAUAAAAGACUCAGUGGAGCCUCACAAAUAAACACAUUAUUCAUUCAUGAGAAAUCUGUUCCAAAAACAUCAGGCUGCAUGACCUGAUUCUGACUUUUUAAUAGUGUCUGUGAUGGAAACUGCAAAUCAGGGCUUUCUAAUGACCAAGCACAAACUUUUAAUAACAUGAAAGGAGGACGUUAGAGAGGAAAAAGGAAGGAAACGAGGGCGGAAGGAAGAAAGAUAUGAAGGAAAGGUCAGAAAAUAGGAAGUGAGGGAGGAAGAAAGGAAGGAAAUGAGAAGGAAGAAUGUAGGAAGACAGAGAUGGACAAAAAAAGAAGGAAAGGAAUGAGGGAGGAGGUAAGGAAGGAAAGGAAAGAAAAUGAUAGAGGGAAGGAAGGAAAGGUCAGAAAGAAGGAAGUAAGGAAGGAAUGACCUGCAUGACCAAUUUUAGAUUUUUUGCUCUUAAUGAAAACUACAAAUCAAGUAUUUUCUAAUAAUGAGGCACAAAUGUUUAAUACCAAUAAUAUGUAAUAUGUUCUGUCAUAAUUGAUUUCAGGAAAGUUAUUGAUUAUAUAUGUAAUAUUUUCAUUGAUUAUAGAUUUUAUAUUUUCAUUGAUUAUCUAGCUGAAACAAACAAACACCACACAGAAAUGAAGUGAAAAAUAUGAACAUUAUUUAAUAACUGAUUCUCUGUAAUAAACAAUUUGAAAAUAUUUUACAAGGAGUCACAGACACAAUAUUUUACAAAUUUUGCCCUCUUCUUUUUUUUUUAUUUUUUAGCUUCAUCUGUACAAAAGAAUGGAGCGAAUGGACCGGCGUCCAGAAAAGAAGGAGCUAAAUCUUCCACGCAACCAAACAUUCACACUCACACACGCACAAGAAAUAAAAUAAAAAAAAAUAAAAUAAACAUUUUGACUUCAGAUCUCAAACUUAUCAACAGUGCUGUAUUCCUAUAUUUAUUUAUUUUUUACUUCACUCAAAAUUUGACUGAUUUUACUCUUUUUUUUUUCUCUCUAAAUGUUGCUGUUAUUUUUUCACACACUUGUCAAACAUGGUCACAUAGCACCAGACUACAGACUACAGAAUCACAUACACACGUGUCUUUCCCACAGAGACGCACCAACACAGAUGCAGCGAGGGUUCAGGAGGGGGCUUCAUGAACACCUUUUCCCCCUAACAACAUAUUCUAGGGUUUGUGUCCAAAAAAAGCAGACCCCUCCCUUUCAUCCCAAGCUGGUCCAAUUUUCUUAUUUUUUCUUCUAUUUUUUUAUUUUAUUUUUUUUGGCAAAAGUUAAUUUGUCAAAUCACAUAAAUCAGAUGUGUGUCCCUUUUUCAGAAGACUUUUCCCGUCGGGAUGCACACACAGAUGUCACUACAUGAUUCCUCCAUGACCUUCUGUUUGACAGGCCUGUGCUGCUCUGUGGAGACCCACUCCCUGAGCUUGCCUCUGACAUCCCAGUUCAGGUGUG